AUGGACGUGGACAUGGACGUGGACGUGGACGUGGACGUGGACGUGGCGAUGGACGUGGACGUGGACGUGAACGUAGACGUGGACGUGGACAAGGACGUGGACAUGGACGUGGACGUGGACGUGGACAUAGACGUGGAGGUGGACAGUGCAAAUAACAUGGACGUGGUCGUGGACGUGGACGUGGACGUGGAUAUGGACAUGGACGUGGACAUGGACGUGGACGUGGACAUGGACGUUGACGUGGACAUGGACGUGGACAUGGACGUGGACGUGGACAUGGACGUGGACGUGGACGUACACAUGGACGUAGACGUGGACGUGGACGUGGACGUAGACGUGGACGUGGUUGUGGACGUGGACGUGGACGUGGACAUGGACGUGGAAGUGGACGUGGAAGUGGACGUGGAAUUGGACGUGGACAUGGACGUGGACGAAGACAUGGUCGUGGACGUGGACGUGGACGUAGACAUGGACGUAGACGUGGACGUGAAGGUGGACAUGGACGUGGACCUGGUCGUGGACGUGGACGUGGAGGAACAUGGACGUGGACGUGGACGUGGACGUGGAUGUGGACGUGGACGUGGACGUGGACGUUGA